GUUGCAGUAUGUGCUACACAAGCGUCCUGACAAUAAUUGGCGACUGUUUCCACCUACAUUUUGCUCUGGCUUUUGGAAUCGUGAUGUCAGGAACUGGUGUGGGAAUGGUGACCUUUCCUGUCUUCGGUGGCUUUCUGAUCGAGCAGUUUGGGUGGAGAGGGGCUCUGCUCAUCUUAAGUGCGACACAGGCAAACAUCUUUGUGUGUGCGAAGUUUAUGAAACCAUUUGGUCACACUCAGACAAGACUGACCGGGAGGGAAGUAGCAAGUGGGGCAGGUUACAUCAGCCUGACCGAUCCGCCAAGUCUUGAUUCGGGAGCCAGAGGGGAUGAUUACGAAGGGGAUGAUGACGAUGAUCGUACUGCCCGUUUAUCUCUGAAACGUUUCAGAUUCAGCCGUGGCUAUAGAACCAUGGCGAGCACCGAUGCUGAUGGUGAAGAAACGGAAGUGGCUCAAGAGAAAACGUGGUUCAGGAAAAUCAUGCGAAUCUUGGAUCGCGCUGGUGUGUCACUCAUCUGGACCAAUCGGGUCUUCUCAGUAUUUCUUCUCGCACUAUCACCCAUGUCGGCAGGAAAUGGCAUCACCUUGCCCUUCCUCGCUGCGCGUGCGGGGUCGGUCGGCGUCCCCACGCUGCGAGCCACGUCGCUGUUAUCUGUCAUCGGAAUGGCCAACGUCAUCGGUAGCUGGACGUACGGUCCCCUGGUCGAUGCCAAUGUGAUUGAACUGACUUUUAUCUUGGUGCCCAUUGAGGCCAUUGUGAUCGUCUCUGAAAUUGUCAUUGCCGUUAACGAGAGCUACGGUGGUUUUGUAGUCUGCGCCGCGCUGUAUGGCUUUGCGUCAGGUGUGUACGUCCCCGUGUUCGGGGUCAUGAUGCGUCGAAUCGUCGGACAAGAAAGGUUUCCAGGAGGAAUUGGUAUCAUGUUUGCUGUGGUGGCAAUCGGCUACAUUAUCUUUUCAUCUGUUGGCGGUUAUCUAUACGAUGUUACUGACAGUUACAGUGGAUGUUUCUACCUUGGCGGUGCGUCUGCUACUCUGGGUGUGGUGAUGAUACUGGGGCUUCAUCUACUGUGGACAAGAUUGGUGCCAGAUGACCGCUGGCCAACCAUCAAUAAUCGGUGAAUCAUUCAUG